ACGCACGCUGCAUGGUACCAAACACCACGUCGUAAGGAAUCAUUCUUUACCCCUCGUUUUUAGAGGAAAACCUGAGCAUGAUUCGCUAUCAAAUGUAGAAAUAUUAAUAAAGAACUGAAAUAAAACUAGUCCCCAGUCGCUCAGCAUAUCCUGAAUAAAGUGGAGCCCGAUCAAGGGGGGCUAAGCUGAGUAAAAUCAUCCAGUCCAGCAUCAGCUCGUCGACAGUGUCUCAGAUUUGGACACCAGAAAAAUACAAAACUUAAAACAAAAGCAUCAAAAAUAAAAGUCCAUGUAGACAAGAAGAUAAAACACGUCUGAACGAUAGAAGUGAGUCGUGGUAAUGAUGUGUCCUCAUCAUCCACGUUUGAGCUGAAACGUGAACUUGUUUGACAUGUUUUAAGACGGCCCCCCUCUCUGAUGAAGGAGGGACUCUCUUACUUGAACAUGUACAAGUUAUCUGGUGCGCACAGGACCUCCCCAAAACUUCUGGCAUAUAAAAGCCAACCUAACUCAUUUGUUUAGGCAGUAGGGAGUUUCUGCUAGGGUCUGGAUUGGAGUUAUACACAGACCGGACCCUACCCUGUAUGAGUGGUGUCUGAGGAAAAAGAGGAUUCCCCCCUUUGUCGCAAAGAAUCUACAUGUCUAAUAUUUAGACAUGUUCAGCUUUGUGGAUAUUCGGUUAGCGCUGCUGCUCGGCGCAGCAGUGCUUUUGGUCAGAGGUCAAGAGGAGGAUGAUAGCACAUACGGCAGCUGCACAUUAGAUGGACAGUGGUACAACGAUAAGGAUGUAUGGAAACCAGAGCCCUGCCAGAUCUGCGUCUGCGACAGUGGAACCGUCAUGUGCGACGAGGUGAUCUGCGAGGACACCUCCGACUGCGCUGAUCCCAUCAUCCCAGACGGAGAGUGCUGCCCUAUCUGCCCCGACAUUGAUGUUGUCGAGACUCCAGAUCCUCCCAUAAAUGGCGAGACAGAGCAGGGAGGCCCCGGCGAGAAGGGAGACAGGGGUGUUCCUGGACCUCCUGGCAACGACGGACUCGAUGGACAGCCUGGCCUUCCCGGACCUCCUGGCCCCCCUGGCCCUCCUGGCCUUGGCGGAAACUACUCUCCUCAGAUGAGCUACACUGACCACUCCAAAUCCAGCGGCCCCCCUCAGCCCGGCCCAAUGGGUCCUAUGGGUCCUCGUGGUCCUCCUGGACCCGCUGGCUCCUCUGGUCCUCAGGGUUUCACCGGCCCCCCUGGUGAGCCUGGUGAGCCUGGUGCUUCUGGACCCAUGGGAUCUCGUGGUCCAUCUGGCCCCCCAGGAAAGAACGGAGAUGAUGGUGAGCCCGGCAAAGCUGGUCGCCCCGGUGAGCGUGGAGCUGCUGGCCCUCAGGGUGCCCGUGGAUUCCCCGGAACUCCUGGACUCCCCGGCAUCAAGGGACACAGAGGAUUCAGCGGUCUUGAUGGAGCUAAGGGAGAUGCUGGAAUCGCUGGACCCAAGGGAGAGGGUGGUUCCCCUGGAGAGAACGGUCUGUCCGGUGCCAUGGGAUCUCGUGGUCUUCCUGGUGAGAGAGGCCGCCCUGGACCUCCUGGCCCAUCUGGUGCUCGUGGUAACGAUGGCAACACCGGCCCUGCUGGACCCCCUGGACCUACUGGACCUGCUGGCCCCCCUGGAUUCUCUGGUGGUGCUGGAGCUAAGGGAGAGUCCGGUCCUCAGGGAGGUCGUGGAUCUGAGGGACCCCAGGGAGCUCGUGGUGAGCCCGGUAACCCUGGACCUGCUGGACCCGCUGGACCUGCUGGUACCGCCGGAUCUGAUGGUUCUGCUGGUUCCAAGGGAGCUACUGGAUCUGCUGGUAUUGCUGGUGCUCCUGGUUUCCCUGGAUCUCGUGGUCCUGCUGGAGCUCAGGGAGCUGUUGGUUCUCCUGGUUCCAAGGGUAACAAUGGUGACCCCGGUCCUUCCGGUCCUAAGGGAGAGCCUGGUACAAAGGGAGAGUCUGGCCCAGCUGGACUUCAGGGACUUGCUGGCCCCUCUGGUGAGGAAGGAAAGAGAGGAGCCCGUGGAGAGCCUGGUGGCUCUGGACCCCGUGGACCCCCUGGAGAGCGUGGUGCCCCUGGUGCUCGUGGUUUCCCUGGUGCUGAUGGAGGUGCUGGUGGAAAGGGAGGCCCUGGUGAGCGUGGUGCCCCUGGAGCUUUGGGAGCUCAGGGAGCCACUGGUGAGUCUGGAAGCCCCGGUGCUCCUGGCGCCCCUGGAUCCAAGGGUGUGACUGGUAGCCCUGGAAGCCCCGGCCCUGAUGGCAAAGCUGGACCCACCGGUGUAUCCGGACAAGACGGACGCCCUGGACCUGCCGGCUCUACUGGAUCCAGAGGACAGCCUGGAGUUAUGGGAUUCCCCGGACCCAAGGGACCUGGUGGUGAGGGAGGCAAACCUGGAGAGAGAGGACCCGCUGGUGCUAAUGGUGCAGUUGGUGCUCCUGGUAAAGAUGGAGAUGUUGGUGCUCCUGGACCUUCUGGUAUUGCUGGACCUGCUGGAGAGAAGGGAGAGAUGGGACCUGGUGGUCCUCCUGGAUUCCAGGGUCUUCCUGGACCUCAAGGUGCUACUGGUGAGACUGGCAAGCCUGGUGACCAGGGUGCCCCCGGUGAGGCUGGACCAUUUGGACCAUCUGGAGCCAGAGGUGACAGAGGUUUCCCUGGUGAGCGCGGUGGUAACGGAGUUGCUGGACCCACUGGACCCCGUGGUGCUCCUGGCCCCGCUGGUAACGAUGGAGCCAAGGGAGAGCCUGGUGCUGGUGGAGCCCCCGGUGCUCAGGGAUCACCUGGUAUGCAGGGAAUGCCUGGAGAGCGUGGAUCUUCUGGUCUUUCUGGUGUCAAGGGAGAGAGAGGUGAUGGUGGUGCCAAGGGAGGCGAUGGUGGCCCCGGAAAGGAUGGUUCUCGUGGUCUGUCUGGUGCUAUUGGACUCCCAGGACCUCCUGGUGGUCAGGGAGAGAAGGGUGAGCCUGGUGCAGUUGGUGUCGCUGGACCCUCCGGUCCUCGUGGAUCCCCUGGUGAGCGUGGAGAGGGUGGACCCGGUGGACCCGCUGGAUUCGCUGGAUCUCCUGGUGCUGAUGGUCAGCCUGGUGCAAAGGGAGAGAGUGGUGACACUGGAUCCAAGGGAGACGCUGGUGCUCCUGGACCCUCUGGACCUUCUGGAGGUUCCGGACCUCAGGGACCUGCUGGUCCUCCUGGACCCAAAGGUGCUCGUGGUGGUGCUGGAUCUCCUGGUGCUACUGGUUUCCCUGGACCUGCUGGCAGAGUUGGACCACCUGGCCCCUCUGGAGCAGCUGGACCUCCUGGACCCGGUGGACCCGUUGGCAAAGAUGGAGCCAGAGGAGGCCGUGGUGAGACCGGACCUGCUGGUCGCCCUGGUGAGGCUGGUGCCGCUGGUGUCGUAGGACCUGCUGGAGAGAAGGGAUCUGCUGGUUCUGAUGGAGCCCCUGGUGCCCCUGGAAUCCCCGGACCCCAAGGUAUUGGUGGACAGCGUGGUAUUGUAGGACUCCCUGGACAGCGUGGAGAGCGUGGAUUCUCUGGUCUGCCCGGAGGUUCUGGUGAGCCUGGAAAGCAGGGACCUUCUGGACUUGUUGGUGAGCGUGGAGCCCCCGGACCUGCUGGACCUCCUGGACUCUCUGGUGCCACUGGAGAGGCCGGUCGUGAGGGAUCUGCUGGACAUGAUGGUGCCCCUGGUCGCGAUGGACCUACUGGACCCAAGGGAGACCGUGGUGAGUCUGGCAACGCUGGAUCCCCAGGACCUCCUGGUCCUCCUGGAGCCCCUGGCGGUAAUGGCCCAUCUGGAAAGACUGGUGACCGUGGAGAGUCUGGUCCCGCUGGUCCUGCUGGCCCUACUGGUCCCGCUGGUGUCCGUGGUUCUGCUGGACCUGCUGGAGGUAGAGGAGACAGAGGAGAGGCUGGUGAGGCUGGAGAUAGAGGACACAAGGGACACAGAGGAUUCUCUGGCAUGCAGGGUCUGCCCGGAACUGCUGGAUCUUCCGGAGAGAGAGGACCUGCUGGUGCUUCUGGACCUGCUGGACCAAGAGGACCUUCUGGAUCUAACGGCAGCCCUGGUAAGGAUGGCAUGAACGGUCUUCCCGGACCCAUCGGACCCCCUGGACCUCGCGGUCGCAAUGGAGAGAUGGGACCUGCUGGACCUCCUGGACCCCCUGGACCCGCUGGACCCCCUGGAGCUCCCGGUGGUGGAUUCGACUUCGUCAGCCAGCCUCUUCAGGAGAAGGCCCCCGAUCCCUUCCGUGGUGGAUACCGCGCCGAUGACGCCAACAUUCAGCGCGAUCGCGACCAGGAGGUUGACACCACCCUCAAGACCCUGACCCAGAAGGUGGAGACAAUCCGCAGCCCCGACGGUACCCAGAAGAGCCCUGCCCGCAUGUGCCGUGACCUGAGAAUGUGCCACCCUGAGUGGAAGAGCGGCAUGUACUGGGUGGACCCCAACCAGGGCUCUGCUCUUGAUGCCAUCAAGGUCCACUGCAACAUGGAGACUGGCGAGACCUGCGUCUCCCCCAGCGACUCCACCAUCCCCAUGAAGAACUGGUACACCAACAGGAACACACAGAAGAAGCACGUCUGGUUCAGCGAGUCCAUGACCGGUGGAUUCCAGUUCCAGUAUGGCAGCGAUGGAGCUGAUGCCGAGGAUGUCAGCAUCCAGAUGACCUUCAUGCGCCUGAUGUCCAACCAGGCCUCUCAGAACAUCACAUACCACUGCAAGAACAGCAUCGCCUACAUGGACUCCGCCUCCGGCAACCUGAAGAAGGCCCUUCUCCUACAGGGCUCCAACGAUGUCGAGAUCAGAGCCGAGGGCAACAGCCGCUUCACAUACAGCGUCAGCGAGGAUGGCUGCACGUCACACACUGGCACAUGGGGCAAGACAGUCAUCGACUACAAGACAACGAAAACAUCCCGCCUGCCCAUCAUUGACAUUGCUCCUAUGGAUGUUGGUGCACCUGAUCAGGAGUUUGGCGUCCAAGUUGGCCCCGUCUGCUUCUUGUAAAAAAGAAAGAAAUAUGGACAUGACAUUGUUGUUUUUUUUCUAGCAGUCAUCUCUAAAAUCCUUUUUUCUAUGCAUUCAAAACUCAUUCGGCUGCCAUUGGUCCACAUGCUUAAAACCACUCUACUGAAGACGGUGUUUAUGUUUUUUUUCCAACCAUGAGAAGUUUUUUUUUUGGACUGCUACUUCAACCAACCACAAGGACACUUUAAAAAGAAUCCAUUGUUCCCACUGGCAACAAGAAAAUAAUAUAUACUUGUGUAAAAUUUCCCCCUGGAGAUUGAGAAAAAAAACCUCCACUCACACAAUGAAACACAGGUGACUUUUGCCAUUUUCUACCACUGCGGAAAGGACAUUGAAAACAACAAGUGAUGUGUACCAUGUUUCUGGUGUUAAAUAAAUUGUAAAAAGUGUGAAGUGUCUUCUUGUGCUAAAUUUGUGGAGAGAGAAAAACACCUGAAUGUUGCUCAGACAGAAGAGACAAAGAAGCUCACCUUCAUUGCUAAAAUGUAGAUGGCUACCUCAAAACAAGAAGUCACCCUGAGUGUUUUUUUCUUAACUGAAAAGGGUUUAUUUUACACGAGUCUAUUGUGGGGACAUCAAAAACGCUCCAAGGUGCUAAUACCAUUUCAAUGAGGUCCAGUUAUUGGUGUUUGAUGGUGACACUCUCGCUGUCAUACUGUAAUUAUUGCCACUAAUGCCUGCAGAACCUUUGGUGCUACUAAAUUGACUCUUGUUGUCUAAUGCAGUGCAAUUGUUUUCUUCUUAAGUGUUGGUUUGAUAGAAGAGGUCCUCAGAAAAAGGUGCUCACUGCAGAUGUUAUGCAUGCAAUCAUGUCUUUGUAGAUAAAAGCAAGUGACUCUGGUUCAACAUCAUUUUCCCUGCCCAUGUGUUCAGUGUUCAUCCUUCUGUCUGUUUUUUUUUUUGCCCCUGUGGAAACCUCCUCUUCACUAAAAAGAAAAACGAAACAGCACACAUCUCCCACCCUGUUGUUUAUGUUGUUUGUUGAUGUCUUUCGCGAAGGGUUUCUUAAAAAAGAAAUUGAAGCAGACCCACUUUCAUGGUUUAAAAGAGAGAUUCUGUACUUAUUUUGUACAUGUAUAAUAAAUUGAGAUGUUUUUAAUUAUUUUGGGUGCUGAAAUAAAGCAUGUGAAGUGGUCUA